ACACUCACGGCUUGCCUAUCGAACACAAAGUUUUGCAACUCUUUUCCGGAGAAGAAAAAGUUUUAAGAAAAAAAUGUGAUGAAUAUGCUUCGCAACAAGUUAAAAUCCAAAAAAAACAAUUAGCAGAGUUAGGAUUAUUCACGGAUUAUGACCAAAUUUACCUUACCAAAGAUAAAAAAUAUGAAGCCGAACAAAUUCGUGUUUUUGGAGAAAUGGUCAAAAAAGGUUUAAUUUAUCAAGGUUGGAAACCAGUCUAUUGGUCUUGCUCUCACGCUACUGCUUUGGCCGAAGCCGAAGUGGAAUAUUUACCCAAAGAAGGCUAUUCAUUUUAUUUUUAUUUACCCUUAGUCGAUAGCGAGUCACUUUGGGGAGUUAAGCAA